AUGUAUCUACGGUAUCCUCACCCAUCGCCUUCUCUCUUCGCGGCAUCUGAUCAGGCUGAAUAUCUCUUGACCCCUGUGUUUGUGCGCUGCACCUCUUUGGGCGAAGCUGGCCUUCAUCUUGACUAUGGCGCCACGGGGUCGUUCGACACUCUCUUUGAUGUCGCAACGGCCAGUCCAGCUUGCACAGGUCUCGCUUUAAGCAUUGUCCGUAUCCGCUGCUUCCUGCUGCCCGGUCACACCUCAUCGCAAUUUGUCUUGUGCUUCAUGCUCCAGGGCUCAAUCGUUUGCCAGUGUCUCUUGUACCUUCAACCGUCAGUCUCGCUGAGGACCCCUCGGGCAGCAGCCUCACCCUCACCGCCACAGUGCCCACACCUGCACCGGCUAGCAUUUCCCUCGCACUUCGCGUUGCCAGUCCCACGGCGCUCGGUACGUCCUUUCAGCCUUGCCUCCUCUAUUAAACAGCAUUGCCUUGCUACGUUGCCUGCGAUUGUUCUCAGAAGCGUCUUUCCGAAGACUGAGGUUGAACAUCUCACGUUUGCUGCUCUUGCUCCUUUCGGACUCUCGCCUGUAGUGGACCUUGACUACAACGUGAGUUCCCCCAUUUUGACCAUUGCAGCUGGAGCCACGAGCGCGGCAUGGCCCAUCACCAUUCAUGCUCUGAAUGAUUCCCUGCCCGAGCUUGCCGAGGCCCUUGUUGUGACCGUUGUGUCCUAUUCUUCUUCCACGGCGAUUGUGCCUGAUGCCUCGCGUCAGUUGCUGCUCACCAUCAACGCAAGCGACGAUCCAUACGGGCGCUUUGCUUGGGCAACCGCUGCCCAGUCAGGCGUGCGCUUGGACGAGUCGGCUCAUGCCGCGGCGAGCGUCAAUAUCACUCGCCACGGCGGCACAAUCGGCACGCAGGUGUUGAGCUGGGAAAUUAUCAACGGCACCGGGCAAUUUGCUCAGGCAGCGGGGUUUGUCGUCUUUGGGGACGGCCAAACCUGGGCGAGCUUGGGUCUUGAGCUCCUCGACGAUGCUUUGCCUGAGGCUGCAGCUACAUACCAACUCAAGCUUACCGACGUUUUGGGCGGUGGUACCAUCAAGGUCGCUACAAAUACAGCUUGGCUUGUCGUCAACGCCUCGGACGAUCCUUACGGUACUGUGGCUCCCGCGACGACGAGUCAGUUUGACACGGCCAAUGGCACGCGCUUUCUGCAAAUCGAUCUGAACCGAGCCAACGGCACCCUGGAGGACGUAGUGGCGCACGUUGAGAUUCGCCGAGCCCUCUCGGCAGCCAGCACGUGCUCAGCACAAACCUUGUUGGCUUCUACCAUCCAGGUGCUCAUGCCAGCCGGGGCCGCUCGCACCACCGUCCAUGUUCCCGUGCCCGAGGAUCGGAUUUUGGCGAUGGAGCAUCGAUACUGCUUGAUCAUCACAUCGGUUCAUCGCUUGCAGGGUGGCGACGUGGUUGUAAGCGCUGAUGGCAUCAGCCCCUCCGCUAGUCCCACCGUGGUGCGCGUGGCGCCCUCAGCUGCGGUGGCCAAUGGCCGUCUUUAUAUUCAAAACACAAACUUUGUUCGUGUGACCGAAGGUCCAGCCGACACGGCCGUUGAUGUCACCGUCAGGCGCGUGGACGGCACCUAUGGAUCAGUCGUCGUUGCGCUCCAAGUGAGUUCAGCGGACAGCAACAGCGUCAAUGCCAAGCCGGGUGAAGACAUUUAUCCUCUUGCAAUCAAUUUAACCUUCCAAGGCACCGACGAUCUUGAGCAGGCGCGCUUUUACGUGGCUGCAGAUGAUGUCCCCGAACUUCAGGAAUCCUUUCUCAUUGGCUUGCAGGCUCUGAUCGAGGGCGUGGCUGUCUUGGAUACGGCCACCAAGCGCAUCAUCGUCUCUGAGAAUGAUGAUGCGCGUGGCGUUUUAGCAAUGGCCGCUCCUUUGGCUGUGGUGCAACCGUCUCGCGCCUCUGAGCUGCGCGUGGGCGUGGAGCGAUUGCAGGGCCUCUUUGAGGAUGUGUCCGUUACGCUGUUGAGCUUUGAUGGCACGGCGACGCAUGGUAUCGACUACACAUUCAACAACGCCUCAGGAUUAACACUGCGCAAUGGCAAAAGCAAUGCCUCUUUUAUCAUUGGCAUUCCCACCCCCGCGACGCCCGUGCCCCGUCGAGUCCUGACCUUAGCGCUGGCACCGCCAGUGGUGGGCGCGCGUAUCGGUGCCAAUUCAUCCACCCUUGUGGAAAUUGUCUCUUGCUUUCACUGCACGAUCAACGCUUCUCUGAAUCAAACCCACGUUGAAGAGGGCGGCGCUGUCGCGCUCUCCUUUGUCCGGGGCCCCGACGCCCACGGUCUUGCGUUGGUCAACUGGUCAAUCGUUUUACAGAGUGCCGGCCCUGCCAGUGCCACACCGGCACUGCAGUUUGCCCUGUCCAGCGGCCAAGUAUCGCUUGAGCACGGGCAGGUGCAGUCCGAGCCCAUUCCGCUCGUUGUAGUACCCGACAUUGAGCCGGAGGAUGAGCACGCGUACGCCAUCAUCUUCGCCGCCGAUGGCGACGAGGCUCCCGGCCCUGCUGAAAACUUCACUGUGGCUGCCAGUGACCUGGCCUAUGGUACCGUGGGCCUAGCCACCUUGGCGACUACCGUUGCCGAAGGGAUGACGCUCGACUUGGGCGUUGACCGCUCGGGCAGCUCUCUUGGUCAUAUUCGCGUCAAUGUGAGUGUGGCUACCGCACACAGAGCCGAUGUGAUCCUCAGCAAUGCCAGCGUCCUUUUGGACCCGGGCCAGGUAGCCACCACCUUGCACUUGAGUGUCGUCGCAGAUGGACUGCCUGAACUUGAAGAGAUUGUGCCCAUAGCUAUUGCAAGCACCGAACUUUGGCGUGGUGGCGCCUGGGUCGUGGUGGGUGCGGAUUUGCUUGCCAUUAAUGCGUCCCGCGCCGUCUGCAACGUAACUGUGCCAAUGAACGACGAUGCUCGUGGUCGCUUCGCUCUCAACACCAACACCGAUGGGACCUCGAUUGUGCGUCUGGUGGAGGGCGAGGGCGCAACUGCCGUGACCGUAUCUCGCACGCGGGGCCUCUUUGGCACGGUCACGCUGGCGUAUCGCCUCAUCAGCGUGCCCUCUGGGAUCUUGGCGAGCAGCGAUUUCGUUGUCGCUAACGGCACCGUCACCUUUACCAGCCAGCAAACCGAGGCUGUUAUUUGGGUAACAGCCUUUGAUGAUGACCUCCCUGAGCUCGACGAAGAUUUUGUCUUGGUCAUAGAAGUGUUGGCCGACGCCGACGUCGCAAACCCAGGUGUAGUUGACCCAGCUGGCGACACCCUCAACAUGACCAUCAGUGGAAGUGACGCCCCAUUCGGCGUGGCCACGAUCGAUGAAGCUCUUUUUCCCAAAUUGAUCUUGGCUGAGCCGGCAACCGGUUUGGCGGUGAUCAACGUGUCUAUCUUUAGACGCCAAGGCAGUUUUGGGAACGGCACCGUCAUGUGGCAAUUGGUCGGCAAUCUUUCGCAGCUCUCACCCUCUGGUGGUCAGCUGGACUUUGCGGAAAACGUUGAAAGCGCGCGACUGGCUCUCAUGCUAGCAGCCGACUUGCUGCCCGAAGAAGAGCAGCAAGGGUUCUUGCAGCUGUCCACACCCACGGGCGGCUUAAGCCUGGCCGUGAACCACAGCAGCUUGCCGGUCGUUGUGAGCAAGAGCGACGAUCCAUACGGCCGCUUUGAGUUCAGCGCAUCCUCGGAGCUCUUGGUGGGCGACGAGGGGAGUGAGGUGGUCUUUUACGUCAAUCGCCUAGGCGGUCGCAAGGGCACCAUUGUCGUGGAUUGGGCCUUGUCUUCAAGCUCGGCUCGUGCAGGGUCAGAUGUACAGCCGGUCGCGGGGACGCUCAGAUUCGAAACCGAUGACUUUUCUCAGGCACUUACCCUGACAGUCAUCGACGACACGGAGCCCGAGUUUGCCGAAGCCCUGUUUAUCAAUUUGACUGCCGUCUGUGGUGGCGCCGUCCUGGGUGCCCGGGCUGUGGCUACCCUUGAAAUCAGUCUCUCCGACCAUCCGUUUGGCAUCUUCGACUUUGAAGCCGUUGCCCCCUCGUUGGCGGUCGAGGAGGGGGAGACGCACGAUUUGCGCAUCCUGCGUAGUGGAAAUCUCACGGCGCGAGCGGAGCUCAACUUCAUCGUGCAGCGUUCCGAUGGCAGCGAAGCCAUUGGUGACGUGAACCCCACUCGUGGCAGCAUUGUGUUUAGCGAGGGCGAAUCGUACGACACACUGCGCUUGACUGUGCUAGCCGAUGGAAUUCCAGAGUUGGAGGAAAACCUGACGGUGACUCUACUGCCCCUGACGCCUGAAGACGACAGUGCGGCCUUGACGCUGCGCGUGGCUCCCAACGACGGCUAUCGUGGUGUGGUGCGUGUCUGGCCCGCCAGCAAAGUCGUGGUGGGGCUGGAGGGUACUCUUGUCAACGUGACACUCGAGCGCCAGCGCGGAUUGUUUGGUGCGGUGACCGUUGAUUGGCAUAUCACCAGCAACGCCACGAUUACCGAGGCCGACGUGCGCUUUGCCGCCGGUCGCGUUCCUUUUGUUGAUGGGCAACAGUAUGGUACGCUCUCCAUCAACGUCCUCGCCGAUGACGUCCCCGAGCUUGGGGAAGCUUUUGCCAUCCUUCUUUCCAACCCGCAGGGAGGGGCUGUCUUGGACGCCGACUCGAACGCCUUGGGGGCUUGGGUGGAAAUUCUGCCCUCCAAUGACGUGUUUGGUUAUUUUACGCUCGACACUGCGAUGCUCAUAUUGCGCGAUGGGCAGCGUGACGUGUCAGCGUCUGUGACUCGUGCAGGCGGUGCAGUCGAGGGCCAGGAUGUCCAGCUUGUUCUUUACACUGGUCCUUGUCAAAGCACGGCGGCCAAUACCAAUGCAAGCACACACCUCAACAGCACGGCCCUGCACUUUGAUGCUGGCAGCACCAGUGCCUCGCUGAUAUGGCAGUUGCCGGUUGCCCUGGUGCUCUUCGUGGGUGAAACGCUUUGCGUGCAAAUUUCCGGGGUUGCUCGAGCCUCGGGUGUUGCAGCACUUCCCAGCGACUCGGGGUUCACGCCACGGGCAUCCACAGUAGCCACAGCAUUGCCAGUGACAACGGAGCAUGCGAAUGGCGUCCUCAACCUAGCCCCUCCCAGUCUUCAAGCUACCGAGGGCGACUCUGUGCAGUUUAGUGUUGUGCGUACUGCUGGUUCCUACGGCGCUCAAUCAAUCGUUUGGGCCGUUACCUCCCCCAAUGCGUCUUUGCAAGUUGAGCCGAGUCAGGGCAGCCUCAAUAUGGCGCACGGUAGUACCUCAGCCGUCAUUAGUCUGGUGGUCACUGAUGAUGAUGUGCCCGAGCUGGCACAAGAGUGGCACCUGCAGCUGGUGAGCGUGAGCGGCGGGGCUGUAUUGGGGUCUGAUGUGACGGCUGAGCUGCUCGUGGCGGCCUCUGACUACCCACACGGCGUCGUGUCUUUUGCGAGGUCGGACAUUGCGGUUGCGUCAGGCCCACUCGGCAACGCCGUCUCCAUUGGCCUGACGCGAGAGUUUGGUAGGGAGGGUUCCGUGUCUGUGCUGGUCUCAACUCGGGGCAUCACGGCAGAUCCUGGCAUGUUUGUUCCACUCAAUGGCCAUACGGUCAUCUUUGCGGACGGGGCAGAUACGGCCUCGCUCACCUUGUCUCUUCCUGCAAUCACCAGCGCCUCGGUGCCUGAGGCAUUGGUGGCGCUUGAACUCACUGUGGGCGGCGGAGGCGUCGUUUUGGGCAACAUCUCACAAAGUAACGUCACCAUCCACACCUGUUUUCAUUGUACUAUCGCUCUGAGCUCGACGAGCAUUGUCAUGACGGAGGAUGAGGAUCGCGCCCUCGUUCUUACGCGACACCCGGCGGCAUGGGGAACUGAGAACCUGAGUUGGACCUUGACAGGGCCGGCUGUUGAGCAAGACUUUGCGUCAAGUUCGGGCACUGUCACAUUUUUGAACGGACAGGCGGAGGCACGGUUGGCCAUCUUGGCAGUAGAUGAUGACCUGGUUGAACCUACGAAGCUAUAUCGCUUGCAGCUGGUGCCCGGUGUUAUGAGCUCGGCGCUAUCCUCGGACCACGCCAAUGUCACACUGUUGGCAGAUGACUAUCCCUACGGUCUAUUUGGGUUUGAGACGACUAGGCUGGCCGUCUCGGAGGUCGCAAACGAGCGCUCAAUUUCAAUCGUUCGACGCCAGGGGCGCCAAGGCUUGGUGACGUUGGAGGUGGAAACGCGCGCGGGACCCGGCGCCAGUGCCAAUGACUUUGUGGCCGAGCGCCGCAACGUAACCUUUGUGGAUGGCGAAGCGACGGCCUUGGCUCGCGUGGUCAUCCUCGACGACGCAACGCCAGAGCUCAACGAAACGGUUAUCAUGCAAAUCAUUCGCGUCUACCAUGCGGCUGCUGACACACCGGGUCAAAUGGUGGGCAUCGACCCGCAGUAUGCCACGUUGCGUAUAACUGUCUUGGAAAACGAUGAUGCUCGAGGAACUUUUGGUCUAAACAUGGCCACUGCUGUGGUGAAUGAGGGUGAAUCGCUCAGCGUAGCCAUUGAUCGUCAGGGAGGGGCGUUGGUACCUGUUACGGCCACCCUUCAGCUUGCCCCCGGCGGAAACUUGGCUCUGAAUGAUCUGGGCUUUUGGCCCAGCACUUCCGUGUCGUUUGAUGUGAAUGAGACCACGCAGGUGGUCCACAUUGCCAUCUUGGCUGAUGGCAUCCCGGAAACAGCCGAAUCAGGGACCCUGCGGCUUGUAGUGGACAACAGUGCUCAAUUGGCAGCCUCCAGGUCCACGCUGGACCUCUUUGUGAGCCCAUCUGAUGAUCCCACGGGCGUUUUUGCAUUUGGCACCAAUGCCUCAAUAACGGUAGAGGAGCCCGACUCGGGUGCCAUCAAUGUGACGUUUCCCGUGUUUCGCAGCGCCGGCCUCUUUGAAGCAGUCACCCUCUCCUGGGAGGUGCGGCUCAAUGGGAGCCUUGCCGUGCGAGAUGUUGCUGCAAGCACCGGCAGCCUGAUUUUUGCACCGGGCCAAUCUUCUGCAGAUCUCACUAUUGCGGUAACGGCCGAUGAUGACCCCGAGGAUGUGGAGAUAUUGGCCGUCACGCUCGUUGCAACCAGUUCUGGUCGCAUGGCGGGCGUGAGCACGCGCCAUAUUGUCGUCCGCGCAAAUGAUUAUCCCUUUGGUGUGCUGCGCUUAGCCCCAGGCUUCAAUGCCACGCUGUCUGAAGACAGCACCACCCGCCUGGUCAUUGAACGCCAUGGGGGUACCGAAGGAGCCGUCUCGGUGUCCUACGCGCUCACUUCAUUGACCGCAAGCGUUGGCGAGGACUUUGCUGCUUCACACAACGCAUCGGGCCGGCUCAGCUUUGCACCCGGCCAGCGCGAGAACAGCUUUGCGCUCGAUGUCGUCGCCGACCAUGUCGGCGAAGGCCUCGAGUGGUUUCUCUUGACCCUCCUCAAUCCAGAGGGAGGUAGCGUGUUUGAGACCGUCUCGCCAGGGCCAGACUGUAACGUUGGGGCUUGCACUGUUUCCUAUCUGCUCGCCAUUGCACCAAGCGACGCCUACGGUGGCAAUUUCUCGCUCGCGCUUAGUCCGAGUCCCAGCUUGCGCGAAGGAAUGAUUAUGGAGGUCGAAGUUGCUCGUGAGAUUGGUGUUGCGCCAAUUCAUCUCACAUGGAGCAUCGUGCCAGGCACAAACAACGCCUCGACCUUCAACUCGACAAGUGGGGGUCUGGACUUUGCUCGGGGCGAAUUCAAUCACACCUUUGCUCUCCUGGCACUGCCUGAUGGUAUACCAGAGGUUGACACUCCGUUUAGCGUCAUUUUGAGUGCAGCCGACAACGGCACCGCCUCGCUUGUGGACGUAUCGCGUGUGGCCUCGGGUGUUAUUUUGCUCAGCGAUUCUACGGGUGAUUGUAUUGCACACGACUGCGGCCCACACGGGACCUGCCUGCCUGGUGUGCUCAACUACUCGUGUGCUUGUGAUGCAGGCUAUUCCGGCCCUCGAUGCACGCUCGCCGUUGAUUAUUGCGCCUCCGCUCCGUGUCAAAAUGGCGCCACGUGCCAAAAUGCUGGCGGCUCUUUCAUGUGCAUGUGUGAGGCUGGUUUUGCCGGCGCACGGUGUGAGCUGCCACCGCGUUGCUCCACAGCCCACACGUGGUGCUUUCGCCGGCGGCGCUGCGUGCCACUGAGCACGACCCAGGAGGCAGGGUGCGCCGCAAGCUGCGGCGCUGGGGAGGCCUUUUGUUUUGCUCAGAGGACAUGCCAGGCCUCCACGGUGUGGGUGCAACCCUGCCCCAUUGAGGGACCCGCCCCCCAAUUCGAUGCCAGUUAUCAGAAUCUGACCGUCAUGGAGAAUGCAGCACCCGGAACCGUGGUGGCCGUACUGACAGCGCACGGCACGCACCGUUGGUCCGGAAAUCUGACGUACAGGCUACACGCAGAAGGCUCGACGGAUGAUGGGCGGCCGUUUGUCCUGGAUGAAAGGCACGGUACGUUGACAGUGGCCGCGCCGUCGGGGCUGCUGGACCGUGAGCGCCAGGCCAAUUAUACACUUCGGGUAUCUGUGACUGAUGCGGGUUCUCCGGCCAAGACCACAUACGCUCAAGCUCUGGUAGCUCUUUUGGACGAAAAUGAUAACGCACCUGUCAUCGCCGGCUCGCUGCCCUUGGGCGCUGUUGUGCGUGAGUCGAUGUCUGUUGGUGCGGAUGUCAUGGUCGUUGAAGCGACUGACGCCGAUGAGGGUAUCAACGCCGAGCUUCGCUACACGUUGAUGAACGCGAACGUCGGUCCUUUUGUGAUCAAUGCCAGCACAGGCACUAUGGUGCUUGCGGCCCCACUUGAUGGCGCCCGCAUGGACAGCUAUCUCCUGAACAUUUCCGUCGCGGAUCGUGGCACACCACAGCGCAUGAGCUACGCCCAUGCCACUAUUACGGUGAUCUGGUUCGAGCCACCCUUCAUUAACGAGUCUAGUCGGGUGGGGUCUCUGAUCGAGGAGCAGGGUGGUCAGCAGCUUGUGGGCGUGGUGAAGGCGGUGCCUCGGCACGAUCAACACAAUCGUAGUCUCACCUUUUCGAUCCGCCAGGCAUGGCUUCAGCUGGCUGCUGAAAGUCGCGGAGUAGCGGAUUCCUUUGCGGUCGAUGACACUGGCGCUGUCUAUGCUAAUCUCAGCGUAGAUCGGGAUGUGCCACACAAUCUUUCAGUGGUGGUGGCUGUGACGGACUUUGGACUGCCGAGCAAGACGAGCGAAGUGGUCAUGUUCGUGCGCAUCAUUGACGUCAAUGAUAACGCGCCCGUGCUUAGCUAUCAAACGCCUGUGGCCAUUGGGGAGGAAGUCGCCAUUGGUGCGCCGAUAAUGAUGAUCACGGCAACAGACGCGGACGAGGCGGGAACCCAAGCCUCUGAAUUGUCUUUCUCCAUUGUCAGCGCCGAGCCCUCCGGGCUGCUGGUUGUAAACACCAGUUCUGGUGUGAUAAGCACCAGGACCUCGUUGGCAGAUAUCAAUGUAUCGUCCAUUCAGAUGCAAUUGCGGGUGCAGGACAACGGGAGCCCCAUGCUGAGCUCGCAGAACAACGCUACGGUUGAAAUUGUGCGCUUUGGCGCCCCUAUUUUCUCUGCUUCCUCGUACGCAGGAGCCAUCCUGGAGAAUGCAACGCUAGGCACGUUCGUGCUUGCGCUGAGUGCCACAGCACAGCACGACUUCUCCAAUCAAACGGUAACCUUUGCCAUGGAAACCUCCAACGCCCCAUUUCGCCUGAUCCAGAUCAAUGCCAGCCAUGCUUGCUUGGAGGUCGCCGCACCCUUGGACCGUGAGGUGCAGUCAGAGUACACGCUUGUGGUCAGCGCCACAGAUGCUGGGCCUUUGCGCAAACGGAAUCUAGCUUCUGUGGUCAUCGAGCUACUUGACGUCAAUGAUCAUGCGCCCGUGGUGUUGGCCCCAUCUCGAAGUGUGGCCGUGCGCGAAGAGCAGGCCGUCAACACUUCCUUUGCUGUGGUGCAGGCAACCGAUGCGGAUGUUGGCAUUAAUGCGGUGCUUCUGUUUGAGGUGAUAAGCUCUGUGGAUCUGGUAGAGAUUGACGCUAGCUCAGGUUCACUUUGGCUGCGGCGCGCUUUGCGGGGACCAUCGGAUGAUGGCGCGAUUGUUCGCGUUGCUGUGUCGGAUGGCGGUAGUCCUGCACGGCGCACGGUGGCCGAGUUUGUUCUCAAUGUGACCUGGUUUCCACCCCCAUCCUUUGUGCCUCCGCUGGCAGUCAUCAAUUGGACUGCCUUGGAAAACCUAACUGUUGGUGCAGUUUUGGGUCAAAUGCAGGCGCAGGCCUGGCACGACGGCGCAAAUCAGGGGCUGACCUAUGCCCUAGUGCCGCCUGUGCCCAGCCAACUUUCGAUCGCGGCAAUGAGUGGCGUCGUGGCAUUGGAGUCUGCCUUGGACCGGGAGUUGACACCCGAGGUCGUUUUUACCGUGUUGGCUCAGGAUCACGGCCCGCUCCAGAAGGAAAGCACGCAGCAAGUUCGUUUAUUGGUGCUGGAUGUCAACGACAAUGCUCCUAUAUUCGAGACCCAGGACUACGCAUUUGUGGUGCGGGAAGAGGCCACCCCUAACGCAGUUGUGGGUGUGGUGUCUGCUAACGAUCGCGACCUUGUGCCCCAAACACCGCUUGAGUACACCCUGCUCAACGGCACGACGUUGUUUGCGCUCGGGGCGCGGACGGGCCAACUCACCGUGAGCACGUCGUUGGCAAGCGCGAGUCCUACCAACUACACGUUGGUAGUAGCGGUAACGGACGGCCUUUUUACGUCCACGACAAACGUUGUGGUUGGGGUAGUGUGGUUUCCCCCACCGCGGCUUCGGGCUCUCGACGAGAGCGGCGUGCUUCGCCUCGCGAUUCCCGAAGACGCACCUUUGCAGGCCGUCGUCACCCAGCUAUCGGCUUCGGUGUUUCACGACGGGCUGAAUCAAAGCGCCAGCUUUGAGCUCAACGACGGCGCGAUCGACAGCGUGCCCUUUAUCGUCGCAGAGACAGCGCUCCUCGUUUCAGGAGGGCUGGACCGCGAAACCACGGAUGAAUAUGCUUUUGACAUCAAGGUGCAAGAUUAUGGACCGAUGCGCAAGCAUGCCAAUUUCCCCGUUGUAGUUACGCUGACGGACGUCAAUGACUGUGCUCCGGUCUUUUUGGUUGCCAAUGCCACUGUCGUUUUGCGCGAGGGCCCGGCGUAUGUGGGUAGCUUUUUUGCGCUGCCCCAGGCCACGGAUGCGGAUGGCCCGCCCUUCAACGUGGUGCGGUAUAGCCUUGAUCCGCCCAGUCCUUACUUUGCAAUCAACACCUCCACGGCAGAGCUCGAGCAGACGGCCGAAGUAUGGGCAACGGAUGCUCCUCUGGCCUUGCGCGUGCGUGCCUUCGAUAUGGACCAGCUCGAGUCUUUCUUGAGCGUCGAGGUCAGAGUGACGGCGUUUGAGGCGCCCAUUUUCACGGCUCCGAUUCCUGCUCGGCUGAACGUUUCCGAGGCAACGCCGAGUGGUGCAGUCAUUGCCCAGCUUGAAGCGCAGCCACAGCAUGAUCUUGUCAAUCGCAGUGUCGUGUAUGAGCAAUUGUCUCAGCGGUUGUGGCGCAGCGGGCUCGACGUGACGAUGUCUUCCCCAAUCGCUGGCGUGCGCGUUGAAGCUGCCGGCCAAGUCAUUGUGGCAGACCCCAAGCUUGACCGCGAGUUGGUGGAUGCCAUUGAGUUGCGCGUGCGAGCCAGUGAUGCCGGUGUGCCAAGCAAAAGCAGCGAGCUCACGAUACACCUGCGCGUUACAGACGAGAACGACAAUGCACCGGCCUUCGAAUCGGCUACGCUGAGCGUGCAGCUCCGCGAGGAGGCCAAUAUAAGUACGGUCGUCGUACACACCGUGGCCACCGACGCCGAUGUUGGACUCAAUGCAGCUGUGUCGUAUCGUCUUGACGGUGCAAACGCGUCUUACUUUGGCAUCAACGCCACGACGGGGAUGGUCACACUGACACGGUCCGUCGUUGGUUUGGAUGAUGAGGUGCUGCACUUUCGCAUCAUUGCCACAGACCGGCUUGGCGACCCCACCGGGCUCGAAGGGGAGGUAGCCAUCACCGUGCUCUUGGUCAAGUUUGGGGCACCCGUGUUUGUCGAUGCCCAGACCAACAUGAGCCUGCCCCAGUCCGUCAUCGAGGGAGCUCUGUUGCGGUGGAACGUAUCUGAAGCUACAACCGUCAACACAACGCUAGGUGAGCUGGUCGCUUGGCCCCAGCAUGAUGAUGUCAAUCGCCAGAUUGAGUAUGUGACCGAAAAUCCUGCCCUUUAUCUGGUGGGCGUGGACGGCGGCACCCGUGUGCGGGCAGUGCUGGCACAGCCACUUGAUCGCGAGUCGGGCAGUGAGCUUCGGGUGGCCGUGGAGGCCAUUGACUAUGGUCCAUUGCGCAAGCGCUCUCUGCUGGAACUGACGCUAGUCGUCACUGAUGUCAAUGACAACGCCCCGGUGCUACAACUCGCACCAGUCGUCGUGCGCGAGGAGGCCACACCCGGAACUGUGGUGACAACGUUGACGGCUACGGAUGCCGAUGUGGGCGCCAACGCUCGCUUGGCUUUAGCGUUGAGGAGCUCAGAUGGUCCUUUUGAGUUGAUCGACCACGGUAACAACACGGCCAGUCUGCGAGUUGUUGCACCGCUGAACGGCGCACAACAGGAUCGAUACGUGCUACCUGUGCUGGCACAGGAUCACGGUCUCCCACGGCUCAACGCCUCGGGAGACUUGCUCGUCCAGGUGCAGUGGUUUGCACCACCCGUGUUCACCGGCACCGACUUGGUGGCAGGCCGCUAUGAAUUGAAUGUGCCCGAAGACACCCCGGUAUCUGCGACCAUCGCCAACGUGAUGGCCCUUGCUCAACACGACGGGGACGACCGCCGUAUCACCUAUACUCUGAUGAACGGCACAGCGAUUGUGGUCAACGCCACAUCAGGUGCCGUGUACCUUGCUGUUGGCUUGGAUUACGAGCGCCAAAUCUCGCAUUCCGCCUUUGUGCGUGCGGUAGACCAUGGUCCCCUCAGUAAGAGCCGCAUUGUUGAGGUGCUUCUUCACGUGCAAGAUGUCAAUGACAACACCCCGCGCGUGUGGCUCACGCCCAAGGCGGCCACAGUGCGCGAAGAUGCGCCUAUAGGAACGGUCCUCACGGUGGCAGAGUCGUUCGAUGCCGACACCGGUUUGAACGGGGAUGUUCGAUUCACGCUGGAUUCUUCCGUGCAAGUGCCAGCGGAGGUGGACACAAUUUCUGGUAUUUUGCGGCUCAGCGCUGCACUCGAUGGCCUGACCACCCCAGUUUGGAACUUGACCGUUCGUGCCACUGACCGAGGUGCAAAGCCGAGAGUGAAUACGACCGAUUUUCAACUCCAUGUCACGCUGCGACCAGAUCUGCUAGAUGAUGCGUUUGUGUUGUACAACGGUCGGUAUGCCAGCGCGGCAGUGCCAGGGCCCUUUUCCAGAGAUCCCGAUGCCAUUCUUCGCAUCAACACCGCCCACGAUGUUGGGGGCACCUGGUCGUUCUGGAGCGAGGCUCGCAUGGCAUGGCAACCGCUAGCAGAAGUGUGCAACACAUCGCACGUCUUCCUGCUUCCUCACAAUACGUCCCUUCAAUUUGUUGCGCAGCAUGACUUUGUUGGGGUGGCAUGGCUCAACGUGUCUGCUUACAAUGGCAUCGCCCACGCAGCCGGGACCAGUGUGCAACAGAACGACACCGAGCUGCGCUACGCUUCAAGCGCCACCACUGCGCUGAUGCUGGCCUCUGUAGUACCGGCAGCUCCAGAGCCCUACGCGCUCAGCACGAGGGCCACAUUGCCAGACCUUACUGAGGACGUCAGCUCGCAAGCCGUUCAAGGUCUAACCGUGCUGGAGCUUGUGGCAGAUGUUGCGGCGUUUGAUGAACUCCACCGAGUGGCUGCAAGUGGCUUUGACGAUGGAAGCAAUACCACGCUCCCGGGAUGCACAGCACCUUGUGACCCCCUAGCCUUGGCGACACGCUUUCGUGCCUUUACUGAUGACCUCCGUGCCAGUGCGGACCGGGACCUUGUCAUUUACGGAGCCCCUGCAACCAGUUCUUUGAGCACGGCCGCAGGCCAAUGGCAGAUUUUUACGCAGGAGCGUAAUGCGUGGGUCGAACUGGUCCUGGAUGAUGCCACCCCGGCCUUGGUUCCAGCUUCGGCUCGGCUACGCUUUGUCCCAGCUCACAACGCAUACGGCUGGGCCAACUUGACGUGUGCUUUGCGGCAAGGCUCGCACAGCAGUCCCAACCGACGAGUGGGCUAUUCGGCCAACUUGACUUGCACACAGUGGGUCGAGCCACAGCCUGACCGCCCGGUUCUGGCACUUGCUGGCCCCUGGAAUCUGACGGCGUUGCCAUACGACUGGACCGAAGCGACGCCCAUCACCAGGGCCGGAGACUUGCUGGCCUUUUCCGGUGCGAUGGACGUCGACGGUGACUCUGUGGGUUUGGCUAUCACGCGGGCCGUAGGGUGCAAACUUGAAAGUGCUUGUGCCGGUCGAUGGGUGUAUCGGCUUUCGCCCACCAGCCCGUGGCUUGUGGUUGGCAACGGUAGCCAUUUUGCGCCGACCGUGCUUCUACUUGGCGCCGAAGCGGAGAUUGCCUAUCGAGCGCACCCCAUGGCGUGGUGGCCCCUUGCCGAGGCUCCUGAGCUUCAUUUUGCAGCCUGGGAUCGUUCUUUGGGGCGCGUGGGGCAGCGCAACGUGGAGUUGGCCAUCGUUCGUCCGUCCUUGUCUGCUUUCGAGGCGAGGGUCUCAGUCCUGCGGCUUGGUUGCGACGGCCGGGCUGGCUCCAUGCAGCGUGUUGAUGCUUGCGGUGUUUGCGGGGGCAAUGGCGUCGCUUGCAUGGGUUGCGAUGGUCUCAACGGUUCCAAUGCCAAACUUGACGCUUGUGGCGUUUGUGGCGGCGCCUCUGACUGCGUUGGCUGCGAUUUUAUGGUCAACUCAUCGGCGCGCGUGGACAACUGUGGCGUCUGUGCGGGGUCCAAUGCCGACGAGGAUUGCGCCGGAAUCUGUUUCGGCCUAGCUGAAUUGGACGACUGCGGUGAAUGCUUUGGGGGAACAGCCAAUGUGACACAGCCCAAUCUUGCACAAGAUUGCGAUGGAGUUUGUUUUGGUUCUGCAGUGAUCGAUGAUUGUGGCCUUUGUACCGGUGGAAUGACUGGUGCUGCCGUGAACGGCGCCAAGGAUUGUGCAGGCAAGUGCUUUGGCACUCGGACCUGGGAUUCCACGUGUCAGAAUCAGGGGCACGUUGUGUGUGGUGAAGCCUGGUUCGACUGCCAUGGUGAUUGCCUUGGUAACGCGGUGCUUGAUGGUUGUGGUACGUGUGUCGGAGGUCACACAGGCCGCGCCUUCAAUCUGACCGCUUGCCGGUCCGUUACUGGGCUCUUGCCUGCUGUCGUGCCCGCCGGCGUGAGCCGUGCUGUCCACGUGAAUGGCACUGGCUUGGCAUCUCUGGAAGCGUCUGCACUAUGUCGGGUAUCCACCAGUGCGGGAGCGCUUGUGAGUCGAGCCACAAUAGCGUCAGCUGACCUGGGACAUCCUCUGGUCACCUGUAUGUUGCCCGCAUUGGCGCACGGAACCUAUGCUGUGGCUUUGGAAUUGGCCACUGGUGACUUGGUGGGCCAGGCCCAUUUGGUGGUGCUUGACACACCCGCCUCUCUGCGCGCCCCCGACUCUGGCGACGUCUACAACACGGCCGUGGACCUAGAUGUUUGGCUUGCUAACAUUCCCCAGCCCGAUCCAACUAACAUCACCCUGUCUACAAACCAAUCCACUGCCGUGGGCUUGGCGCCCUUGCCCAGCCAACACGGCCUGCCUGCUCAAGAAGAUUUAUAUUGUAUUGCGGUGCGAACUGGAGGGUCAAAUCGGAAUGGGGCGCUUGGCGUUUUAGAAGGUUUGUGGACGACUUUUAGCGGGCGGUGUGAUGCUUUAAACUGGGCCGAUCGCUUGCGCGUUGUUGUCCAGACCGCUCCAGUUGGAUUAUCGCUGAGCACGGAAGCUGAACUGCUGCAACUCCUCCAAGCUCGUAACGCACGCGUGAUGACGGUAAAUAUCAACGCUGCCACUCCCAAUCUCAGCAACCAAUCGUUGCUCCAUGUCGGAGCUCAAGUGGAGAUCGUCUUUGAUAGCACGCUCAACCGUCAGCCGUGCAGCAUGGCCACGAGCCACGAGAUUGACGUCAUUUUGGGCCUAUCAAAGGACUACGCCUGGUCGACCCAAGAAUCGGAUGUCGUGGUUGGCCCCGCUCGCCUAGAGCCGGGGCCCUCGCUGUCAUGCUCACCUGAUAUAUGGCGUCAUUGGUCCCACAGUCAUGACGCAGCCCUGUUUGUGCGGGUGAGCGACUCGUUGUUUCUACCAACCAAGGGAACCAUUCGCUUGUGGCGUGAGGCUCCGCUACCCACUCGUGCCAUCAUCACUGAGACUGGGGCAGAGCUUGUCAUCCACUUUGCAGCUGCCAUCCAAUUGCGCCCGGAGGAAUGCUCUUCUAGCUUAUUGCUGCAGCGCCCCGAUACCCCCGUGGGUACAGCAACACCCCGAUUGAAUUUGCUCGAGUGCCGCCAGACUCACAGCACAGAGUUUCGCCUGACCCUGGGUCCAAAUGCCACCGUUGAACCGGGCGACGAGCUCGUGUUGACGGGCACCAUAGUCUCAGCCCCCGAUGAAUUGUACUCUCUGCCACUGCUGGCCAGGCUCACCGUCGAAGCCCCGACAAGUCCCGCAGCACCCGUUGUGUACAUCCGCGGGCCAGACCAGCUUUCGAGUUGUGAGGGUACCUUGACGUUGGACGCUGCUUCUCUAAGCUCCGGCCUGACCCUGCGGCCAAUGGCCGCGCGCUGGUCAGUGAGCAGCGUGGACGGGUUUGAUACGUCGGAACUGGAAGACUGGCUCAGUGAUGCCUCGGAUGCUGUCGUGCAUGUCCCAGCUUCUCUGCUGGCGGUCAACGCCACGUAUACUUUUGCUUUGGUAGUGCGCAAUUUCUUGGGUGUGGAUAGUGCGGCUGCCUUCCACACUGUUACUCGCGUGCCGUUUGCCGUUCCCUUGGUCUCAGUGCACGGCCCAGCCCAGGUCGUGAGCUCAGAGGACCUGCGACUCUUUGCCCGCUUGGAAGACUCUGCAACAACUUGCCUUGAUUUUUCAGUCUCUUUGAUCUGGUCUUUCACAUGGUCGAUUCGAUCGAGCUCAGCGGUCGGUUCUUCAUUGCAGAACAGCACUUCAAGCAGUUCCAACGUGAUCUGGUCUGGUGCAGGGAGCAUGCUGACCGUUCCUGCAGCCUCUUUGACACCCGGCGUGACCACCGCGCAACUCACUUUGACAGCCAACGGCACUUCACUUGGGAUUGUUCGUCAUCAAGUCCAGGUCGUGGCGCCGAAUCCUCGCGUGGUUCUUUUGCAACCGAACCGGACCAUUGCCCACGACGGGGUGGUGGUUUUGUCCGUGGCAGCCAUCGAAGACGCACUGGUUCCACAGGCCCGCGAUGCCCUGUCCACGCGUUUUUCAUGGACCUGCUUGACCCGUGCGGGUUUGGCUUGCACGCAUCGUAAUGGUACUGCCUUGCUGCUUGCCAGUCAAGUCCACAUUGAGCUGCCGGCCAGUCUGUUCUGGGCGGGCACAUAUGAGUUUGUGGGCUUUUACAUCCAUGGUGCACGGCGGGCGCAUGCCACAGCGCACUUUACCAUUGUUGAGGCACCGAGCGGGGUGGAGGUGCCUCGAGUGAGCUUUGUCAGCGCCGAGCCCAGGCAGGGACACAAGCGCUAUCACAACGAUGGGACCCUAUUGCUGCGCCGCGAGCACGCUUUGCGAGUUGCAGUAGCAGUACAAAGUAGCACUAGCCUGGUGACACUCGAGGCCACGCUGCAGGCCUCUGGGGGAGAGGUGCAGACUUUGUCUGCAGAGCAUGCGGCAUUGGUAAGUCCGACUUUGCCGUUGAACGAAGAGGCUUUGACCACAAGCAGCAGCACUGCUUCUGGUCUCCUCGUCGAAAUCGAUUUAGAUAUGCGGGUGCUGCAGGAGGGAGAGCGCUAUACGUUGACGGUGACCGCCACUACAGCAUCUGCGAUUGCGGGAGCGGCUCAGCUCAACUUUGAAACAACGCGGAGCGUCAUUCCGGGCCAAUUGACAAUUGCGAGUCAUGGUACCGAGGCGGAGACAUCGUUUGAACUUCAAGCGCAAGGGUUCGCAACUAACACAGAGGCCGUCUUAUACCGCUUUGGCUAUCAGGGUGCUGAUGGCGCCGUGCGCUGGCUAUCAACGUUCAUGGCGCUGGCAAACAUUCAGCGGCUGCUGCCGCUUGGCUGGGGCACAAAUCACAGUCUACCCGUGAUUUUAGAAGCCAGCAGCGCACGAGGCAAUGCAGUGCGCCGUGUCGUGCAGGCCCGAGUGGCUCCAUCUCAUCACACCCCGGACGUAGCCACGCUGCAGACACAUCUCAUGCAAGCCGAAGACUCGCGCCGACGGGGUGACUGGUCGCGAGCGCUAGCCGACGUGGCUACACUGGUACUGGCUGUUUUUGGCACUCAUGCUACUCGGAUCGUGAACCUUACGGAAGCGGAGCAGCGUCGCUACAUAGACAAUGCCAUCGAUCUGUUUGCGGCGGUGUUGGUUGAGGACGUAGUCCUGUGGGAUGGCGCCACGGGGCAUGUGGCCCUCGGGGCGCUGCUCUUGUGCGAAGCGGCCUUACCGCGCGCAAGCUUUGCUGCCCAGCAAACUUGGGCCGACUUGGUAUUGUAUACGGUGGGUCACCUGCUGGGCGAGGCCGAGCUUGUUGUGGCAAGCGGCAUUCGUGCCUUGCCCACGACGGCUCAGGGCACACCAGCACAGCGACAGCGUCGUGAGACAAUCACCGCCAGCGCAGAUCCAGCCACCGCUCUCGACCCCAUUCAGCUCGAGGUAGCCGUGAGCACUUUUUCACGGCUCAUCAAUUUCAGCGUCUUCACAGCUCCCCAGCGACGCUAUCGCAGCCGACUUCAUUUACUUGCCGAUGCCCUGGCUCGGGUGAAGUGUGCGCAACAGACGCCAUACAGCGCCGCAUACACGUACCAAAACAGCGUCGUGGCCAUCCAUGCUGCCGUCACGGAUGGUGACACGGCCAUGGGAACACCGACGACCACUACGUCCUUGGGCUCAUGGUCAACCAAGGUGCAUUACGCAGCGGCCUUUGCCGCGAGGUUUGAUGCGUGGGCAUGUGGUGAUCAUAGCAGCUGGCCCCCUUGCCGCGGCGUGUGCGUGGCCUCUGUGGCAUUCGCCGGCGAUGUCACCACAGCGGACCUUGAUGACGUUUCGACACAACUGGCCACGGUCGUGCAUGAGGCGCGCCUGAUCGAUCAGCGCGUAGGCACAACUGUACAAAGCUCAAGCUUCCAACCGCCCGUCCAGGUGUUCUUACCAGUGCAAGUGCCCAACUACGUGCACUUUGCCACGCCUGAUCGCCGCCGAGCGGUCGAGGAUGCGCGCUUCGAGUGCCGUGUGUACGAAGCCAGCACGCAUACUUGGAACGCGGAAGGAUGUGUUUUUUACGCGGAGCGAAUUAUGGACGGCACUGACGUUGUCGAGUGCCGCUGCAGCCGUCUCAAUGUGAUAGUCGCGGGCUUUUAUGCGGAUGGUUCGCCGGACGCUGGCACACAGGCACCGGGCUGUCAGGAAACCCUACCCUCUGCGCCUCGUGCGGGCACGGAUUUGUUUCACAUUCGCUUCUUUCGCAAUUACUACGACGACCGCGCAGCCUGGUUGGCGCCGUUUGCGUGCGCUGCUCAUGCGGACUUGGUGAGCCUUUUGGGCGUGGUCGCAGAAGCCAUUGUGAAUGUCACCGUCGUUGCCAUUGAUCGACAGGUGGUGCAGACAAACAAUACGGGCCGGGGCGAGAUUACCUUGCAAUUUGGACUGUAUCGCAGCGCCGUGCAGGAUGCCAACGCCGUGACCGAGUCAAUAUUGGCUCUGGGUGGCACGGAUGGCAUUGCCUACGACUAUACGCGCUACACGGUGCGGGCUGUUAGCUUUGUGAAUGGGACGGACGUUGCUUCCAGCACGCAGCAGGCCGAUGCUGAGCGAGCCGGUAUGUGGAUUGGCGUUGCGAUUGGCGCGGCACUUGUCCUUGCCUUGCUGCUUCUUUUGCUCUACAAGUGCAGUCGGCGUGCUGGCACUACGACAGCCGAGAAGGUCGCCGGACGAUCCAAGGAAAAGGCACCUUGGCGGCGCAGCUCCUCAGUGGCCCCGGAAACUUAUCCCAUGACAGACAAGUCGCGUUUAGCCAGCCUGCAUUCGGCGCGCAUCAGCGUGGCGUCAUCGACAGUCACAGUGGAAACGAACGAUGAAGAGCUCAAAGAGGCCCAUGUGUUGGAAAUGGAAUCGGGUGCGCUCGAGUUGAUGCCCUCCCUCGACCUUGCCUCUAAGACUCGCACGUCAGACCAAGGUCGUGUUCAGACGCCACAAUCUGUGACCACCAAUCUCGACGAUGAAUUGGAAUUGAAUCAGUCAGUGCCUGUUGCCGCGCCGGUUCACUCCGAAACUGCGUUUACGUUUGAGUCAGAGGUACCCUCGGCCGGUCCUGCCAGUGCAGCUUUGGAUGACUUUGCAGCCACACCAGAGAUGCAGGAAACUGUCGUGGAUGCAGCCGCUCCGACGGAAGCCAAGAAGAAAAUUGCAAAAGGUGACAAAAAAGUUCAUCGCCAGGUCAGCUUUUCCAACUCGAAUGCCACCGACAUGGAAACUGGUCAAGUGCUAUCGACGACUCGGCCACCGCAGACCAUGCCAAGGCUGGCCCCACCAGUUCGCGCGUGGCCCGCUCCACGACUCGAGCCAUCCACGGCUCGCCCAUCGGUGCGCAUGACCUCCUUGCCCCGAGCACCUUUGCCGACCAGCCUGCCUUCCUUGCCCUACAUGCAAGGCCGUCCGGUUCCAGGGCGGCCUCGGCCACUAUUUGGAGAUCGACCCACGCCACUCUUGCGCGGCCCUAUGCCGCCGCGUCCUGUGGCCGUUUCUCGCCCGGCUUUUGGGCCCCCUCAACCAACUCUGCGACCCUCUGGUCGACGUGUGGUGCUCGAAACGAGCGCCGAUCUGACCGAUUCUAUACCUAAUGAUGAGACAACAGUAUAA